GCCGAUUAUCAGCCCAUGUCCAAAAUAAGCCCAAUUAUUGGCGUCACCCCGUCCUGCUGCCGCCGCCGCCGCUGAAGCGCGGCUAUGGCGCGGUGGUCGUCUCCCAAGGACCCGCCGCUGGAGGCAGCCCUCCGCCGCAACCGGCGCUGGAUCGUGAACAACCAGAUCAAGCGCCUCCUCCUCCGCUUCCCGUCCCGCUCUGCCCCAGUCCGCCUCCUCCAGUCCCGCUUCAAGACGCUCGACCUCCUCGGCCGCGCCGCCAACUGGCUCCGCAAGUACCCAUCCUGCUUCGACAUCUUCACCGGCGAAGGCCCCUCAGGGAGCGGCGGGGAGCUCUGCUUCGGCUUCACCAAGCGGAUGGCCGAGCUCGUCGACGCCGAGGAGGCCGCCGUCGCCGCGUCCGAGCCAGCCAUGGCCGACCGGCUCGCGCGGGUGCUCAUGCUCGCCCGUGGACGCCGCCUCCAGGUCUCCAAGCUCGCCGCGCUGCGCGGACCGCUCGGCCUCCCCGACGACUACCUCCUCCGCGUCCUGCCGGCCCACACCGACCUCUUCCGCCUCGCCAACCCGUACCCUCACCGCCGCAACGCCGCCGAGCUGGAGCUGCUCCGGUGGGUUCCCUCCCUCGCCGUCUCCUCCGUCGAGGCCGCCGCCUCCGCGAGGAACUCCCUCCCGAGGUUCACCUGCUCGUUGCCGUCCUCUUGGGUCAAGUCCCACGAAAAGAUGGAGGAUUUCAACUCCACGCCUUACAUUUCGCCCUACUCGGAGGACUGGGCGGUUGCCAGCACGGACGCGGAGGCCGAGAAGCGCGCCGUGGCCGUGGUUCAUGAGUUCCUUUCGCUCACCAUGUGGAGAAAGAUUUCGGUUAUGAAGCUUGAACACUUCAGAUGGGAGUUCGGGCUGCCGGAGGACAUUGGUAGGCUGCUGCUCCGGCAUCCAUGCCUCUUCUAUGUGUCAAAUCGAUACAAACUCCACACGGUGGUGCUUCGUGAGGGUUACGAUGUGUCCGAGCUGAGGGUGAAGGAUCCAGUGGUGGCGGCAAAGGAUAGGCUCGGGGAGCUGAUGCAGGAGGGGCUGCACGAGUAUAACCAGCGGCGGCGUGCUGCUAAUUUGGAGAAUAAGAGGAGGAGAGGCGAUGUUGAUGUAAAGAAGGAGGAAGAGGAGCCGGAGGAUGACGCAGCACGGUUGGACAGUGCGGAGAAGAGGGAGGAGCGGAGGAGGUUUUACAAGGUGCUGUUUGGUGAUGACAACCAGUGAUCGGUUUGUGGAAGCCUGAUGCUCAUCAUAUCCAUUGCUGCAAUGUUUGUCCACUCUCACUAUGGACUGAAGCAGCUACCGAUGGAUGCAGUGAGAGUGGCAUUGCUACGAAGGCAUGAGACCUUUAUGUGCAGUUGAAUAUAAUUUGGCUGGGUGUUGUUGCUGGUCAUAGGGAAUCUAAUUCAUGACCUGCUACUGUUUCUUAUAAGAACGUAUGCUGGAACAGCUGCAAGAGUGCCACCAGGUGGUUAGUUUGAUCUUUGGUGGAUUGCGACAAUUGUAGCAAUCUCUCAAAUGGAUAAUUCAAAGUAAACAAUUGAUGGAACUUGAGAAGGAUUUCUGUGAAGGAAGACAUACAUAUUUGAUGACAUGAAUUAGUGGUGCCUGUGAUAAAGAUGGUAAGAUUUAUAUGAUAACAUGACUUGGGAGUGAAUCAACAACAGUGCAGACUGGUUCUGUAUCAUCACAAAGAAAGAAACUCAUGUGCAGCAAUUGCUGCUUAUGAAAUGCACUGUGAUAUUGUUUGUUCUUUGAGGAUUGUGUUUUGUGCAACAAUAUCUUCAGCCCAGGAAACAGAAUCUCGAUACACAUGAUUUUACAUUUGAGGAUGCCUUCGUAUGGUCAAUGACAAUUAUGGUGCCAUCAAGUUGGAGCAGAUAGUUGCAUUUACUAAGUAGCAGCAGUUCUAACUUCUUCCACUAUGACCCAGCUGGUGUUGUCGAUCGUUCCCUGCAAGCAAGGUAAACUGGGACUAGAGAUUCUUCACAUGUAAUGGGAACUUGAGAUAAAGAAUGUACAACAUCAGUAAGAGAGAGGACUUCACACUCCAGUGUCUGCAGUUUCAAAAGCAUUCCUGUUUGCCACCUUCUGUAAGGUACUCUCAUGACUCAUCACCAUCGCCAUAAAUUCCUUGUACCAAGAAAACCGUUCCAGUCCUAUUUAGCGAACACAACAUGCUUACAUGGAUAAUACAAUUGUCACCUGCUCAUUUUUGGAAGGUGUAGUACAGGCGAAAUUAAUCACAAUGGCUAAUUAAUCUGGCACAAGACAAGUUGACUCAGAUUCUGUACAUGAAUGAUUCAGUCAAUUGACAGGAGAAGACUGAGAAAAACUUAGAGAAAUAAUAGGUUGGAUAAUGAUUGAUAAAAAUGAUUCAAGAAUACUCAUUUCCCCCUGAAAAGGACAAGAAUACUCAAAAGGUGUGUCAGAGUGUGUAACCACCAUCUGAAAGGAUUUAUAACAUGUGUAUAACUUGUUUAAAAUAUAACAUGUGUACAACUGAAUAGAGAUCGUUUGACUUUAACCAUUUGUCCUUUAAUAGAACACUUAGUUAUUCCAUCAUCUAGAAAGAAACAUCUUUCUUGUCAAACUAAUUGAACAAUAAUUUCUCCUUUCACCUUAAAAUGGCAUCGUCAGAGUUCCCAACCCCCCCCCCCCCCCCCCCAGUCUGUACUCUUUUUUCUGGGCCUGAGACUGGGUACACGGUUAUAGGUUGAGUUCCCUACCCCCUACACACAGACACACACACCAGGCAAUAAAAGAGGGAAAAGGAAGAAGCAAUGCAGGAACACCCGUAACGAAGACAAAGAGUAAAAGUACACUUUUCCAUUAUAUAUAAGGUCAAACCUAAUGCCAAAGCAAACAAACAAUUUUUCUCUUAUGAGUUUUUCCAAAGACCACUCUACUGCUAAGAAAAUAAACAUAUUUUUUUCUAGUUUUUUAAAUAUUGUUUUUUGAGUUUUCCCUGUUUCAAACCAGUCUAUAGUAAAUGAGACACCAUAUUCUUGGCACAAGGGUACAAAUAAACAAAUCCUGAGUAAUCAAUUGGUCUUCCAAGUGAUGACAACAAGAUUGAGAAGGCUUCUAGAUGUCAUGAUCCUGCGAGAAGAAAAUGUAAGGCUGGUUUUGUAAUUGGGAAAAAGGAAAACCAUGCAAAGCAGAGUUAUUACACAAAAAAACACAAAUUUGGGAAUUCAAAAUCACCAAAAAAUUAAAAAAUUCUACAAACAUGGAAUAGUAAAUAUGUGAGUUGCUUUGCAAAUUUGUAGAGAUUAACUAAUUGAGUGAAAUUAGAAAUAAGAAUAGUAACAGCUAUGUGGCGUGCCGUUUGAUGCCAAUAUGAAGAAUUGAACAUAUGGGCAAGCAUUAGUGUGGACACAAUUGAGAGAAAAAGGGAGAUAGAGGCGGGUAUAGUGUACCAGCUUUUGAUGGCCUGAGUGAAGCAAGAGAAAUGCAUAGUGCCGUUCAAGGUUGGCUCGGUGCUCCUUCCUGAACACCAGUGCCUGUGGCAACUGUUAAGGAGUAUUAGUAUCAUUGUCUGCUUGGAGUUGAGCAUAAACCACUCUCUCGGCCAUCAGGGACAUGGCAAAUUAGUGAAUUUCUACAUAGCAGGCGAUCAGUAUGACUGAGUAGUAUGUACGACAUGUACCUCUUUUUGCUCCAUCAUCAUAGUCGUCGUCGUCGAUGUCAGUGUAGUCGGAGCUGUAUGUGACAUCACUGUCGUCCGUCUAGUAGAUAUAAAAAAUAUAUAAUCGGUGGGCUGGGUAUCAGUGCACGUGAUAUAUGAUUUCCUAUACCCACGACCGAUCUUAUGUAGUAGGAUGUACGUGCAUACCUCUUCUUCUUGGUCGGCACCAGCAUGGUCAUGCAACCAAGUCUUCAAUUUGGUGACGAUGCCUGGCAGCUCUUCUUCGCCAUACCUCCCGACUCGAGGCUCGGCUGCGUCACGUAACAAGGUCUCCAGUGAUUUAAUCAUGCGAUGUAUAUCUCUUUGAUCUGCAGUAAUGUCUUCCUCAUCGGGCCUGUCCAAUUCAUGUAGGAUUGACCUGAGUGCAUCAAUGAGCCGAGCUGCUUUCCGGUCGUAGUUCUCUCUUUCUAUAUAAAGGUCAAGAUUCUUAGAAUUGGGAUGGAUUCUCUCGGCUUUCCACAGUACUGUCUUCGCUGCUUUCAAUUCCCCGAAGGUGCUGUUAGCGCAGUCAAGCCGACAUGUGACUCCCUCAAGUAAAGGACAUCUAUUAUUCCAUGGCACAAGGCUGUCCUUUCUUCCAACGCUGGCACAGUAUGACAACAUUUGAAGCCUUGGCAAUGCGCCUUCUCCAAGAGUGAUUUCUAUGUUCGUGCUCAAGUGUUUCAGUUUCUUGAACUCAUGGCAACCAAAGAUCCUGAGCUUCUACAACUUCCACAUGCAGCCACAGCUGAGAGAGGAGCGGAACACGCAAAGAAUUGAAGCACGGCGGCACCCUCGGCAUAAUUAUGCCGGUCAGAGACAAAAAGCGGAGCUUUGUGUCGAGGGCCAAGUCUUCUAGGCUGUCAACACGGACAAUGAAUUUUGUUUCAUACAAAUCCAUGAAUUCAUUGAGCUCAAACCUCCUAAUAAUCAGACUUUGGAUCUUGUGCAGGUUGCACAGCGACCCUGCUAGAGCCUUGCCUGCAGUCUCCUCACAUUUGCCGAACUGGAUUUCGAGCACCCUCAGCUUUGUACAGCUCCAUGUCAAGUUCAAGGAGGAUGUCCCUGAGAACUUUCUUCGUGCCUUGGUUCUGACCAACUGGAACAAAACCUUGACACUGGUAUGUAUCACUAAGUUUGUCAUAUAAUGCUUUUGCAAGGGUGGUCUUGCCCAAACCUCCAAAUCCAACAAUGGAGACUAUCUUGGUGUUUUUUGGGGACGUGUCAACACCCUCGGACAAGACCUUCAUUACCUCUUCAAUUGGCUCAUCAGUACCAACAAGGUCGGAUGCCUUGCUGUAUAGAGCUGAGAGACGAGGGUCAACAGUAGUUGUUGCAACAUUAGCAACAACGUCCUCGAUCUUGUAUCUAUCAUACCGUUCCUUGAUCUGCCUAACUUGGCUCUCGAUACCUUUGAUGUCAUUGGCUAUUUCAUGGCGCGCCUUGAACUUGGUGCACUUGUUGCGGACCAUCUUCAACAAGUGCUUCAUUUUGGGCUUGGUUGUUUCAACACCAUCAACACGCGUCCUGAAGGAGUCGAGCUUGUCUUCAAUGGCGUAGGACAACUCCCUAACCUCGUUAGCCCAUAUCUUGAUCUGUGGGUCAAGUUGAUCCAGGGGCACGCUGGAUACCUUCACAAGAGCUCCCUGCAUGCUCUCGAGCUCAGCCUUGAGGUCUCCAAUCCCCUUCUUCACACUCUCCUUCAUGUUGUACUCCUCUAGGAGUAUCUCCCCAAGCUUGGGGAGGAGAGAGCUCAUCGCCCCUGUGGCGAACUCCAUGCUGUGACUUCACCUCCCCCUCUCUCACUUUCUAACUUGAUGGUUUUUCUCUUCUUCUUUUCUCUCACUCAGUUUCUAUCUAUUUUCAGAAGGUCUCUCUUAAUGGAUGUGGCUAGGAUGCUGUCUCUUGUAUGUUUAUGUGUAUGUGGACUACAAGCUAGUUGUAGUGGCUUUGAAACCCGAUUGCUCCACUAGAUCAAUUUGUGUAAGUUUAGUUCGCUCUGGAUGUGUGCAAAUUUUAAUAGUGCUACUACCAAAGUUUACCAGUGGAGUUUGUCAGAAUCCAGUGAAGAGAUGCUCCCAAGAUUUAAAAUUAAUUAGCACGUGCAAAUUUCUCUAGAUCAGCGCAAAUUUGUAGGUUAGUGCAUUAUAUAUGGAGGUAGUGUAUACUACCAUUGUAUUUCGUUUUAAUUAGUUAUCUGCUGCUUCCAAUCAGCCAGAGGGUGUAAAAUCUAUUAAUUGCCAUCUUGCAAUGCAUUGUUUGUUUGGGUAAAAAAUACAUCAAGAAAGUGCUUUGUGAACUUCUACUGUGGAUGAAAAUGAUCCUUACUUGUACUUCACCUAUGCAAACCUGCGUGUACUUUCAGAUUUUUUUGGAGUAGCUUGUAGUUUAGGAAGUAUUUGGAGCUUAAUUACAUUAACUAUGAGUGAAACCGCAGGGUAUAAUUUCUCAAUUCCUAUGCACAGGUCAUUAAGCAAUAAAAUUUGAAGCAAGCUAAGCAGGCAAUUUAUGGAUGCAGAAAACAAAGAUUCAGAUUCGUUUGUCCACAUUCAGAUGUGAACUAUUACCUCCAUUCCGAAAUAUAAGCCUGUUUAGAAAGUUAAUUUAGCUUUCUAAAAAGGUUUACAUUUCAAAACGAAGGUAGUACUAGACAAACCAUCUGUACGGUACGGAUCAUUAGACAAUUCCACCGGCCAAGCCUUAUAAAAGAUGAAUAUAAGAUGUAGUACACUUUGUGCGGAUCAAGGAGGAAAUAAUAUAUCUUAACAGGUCACUAAAAAGCCGCCGUGCGGCUUUCGUGUCAAGAUACACACAAAGCUGUUGAAUCCCAGCCAUCAAAUUCUCGAUUUAUUCAUGGUCUAAAAGCACUUCCAUCCCUUGCUUUUCUGGUGCUGUCAUAUCCACCACCAUCUCGUUGCUACCUUUCCAUCCUGUAAAUGUAUGUAUGAUGCGAUUUAUUCAUCAAGGCAUUUCUUGUGAACAUUUUCCUAUCUAUGUUUUCUUUCACGUAGAAGGAGAGGAGAUACCUUUGGACAUGUUGAACCCGCGAUUUUCUAGCUCUUUGUACUCUUGGCAUAGCGCACAACUUUCACAAAACAUGUGAACGCAGCAAUCCAUGAAGGGCGAUCCUGGAAAGUUGUAUUGCGCCCGCAGUGAAGAGCGUUUGGUACAAGAAUACAACCAGUUGCAGCCUAUGGACCCUAGCAAAACAUACAGAGUCCCCUGCAUGCAGCAUGCUGGAAACAAGGAGAGUCAACCAACAAGACUUUCAGUUUUUAUGUUUGAACCCAAGAGAAAAUUUUAAGUGAAGCACCGUACAUGAUGAGCCUUUGUCCGCAAUGUCAGCAAUGCGACCAAAUGUAAUGCAGGGGCACCAGCAUGUCAAGCAAACUGCAGCGAUAGCAAAGAAUAUGAAAUAUCAACGGCUAAUUGACAUACAUUAUUAAAAAUCUCCACACAAGAAAAACAUAGAUGAUAGCUCUGCAUACAUGUGCCACAGUCUCCAAAGCAGCCAAAAAGCCCAGUUGACCACUUUCCCAGCUUGCUGGUCAUUUUUUUGAUAGAUUAUGGUCUAUGUAAUAUCGAAAUAGAUGGUGUGUAUUGUGUUACUGACUUACUGUGUAGCUGUGCCUUCUCGAGCAACAUGAACCUGUCGGUAUUUAUAAAGCAGUCGUAGUGUAGUAUCAGUGCAGAGUGCCACAAGUUUCCUCCGAAAGUACAUUCGAUUGCAGCAUUUUUGUUGUUUUGUGAUUGUUCUCUUGCUUCUUGCGCUUAACCUUGUGUCUGCAGGCUUGGCUCUGAGUUACUCCUUCCAAGUACAUCAAUUCAUAUCCAAUUGGCUUGUUCUACCAGAUUGUUCCUACGGAAAAUCCUAUGCUCAAUCAGCAUUUGGCAGCACUUUGGAGCCUCCAGUUUGGUGGUAACGCUGAUGCCUUUUUUUCAGUUCUAUUUACUGGAUUGGCUGGAUAAAAAUAAUAACUGUUUGCAUGUUGACUUGAAUGCAACAAAGGGGUACAUACUUGGCGGUAAAGUAAAAGCAAGAGCCAAGCUUUGAUGUUGACUAGUUAACAAAUAAGUAUAAGUUAUCCAAUUGACGAGCUGGUGACAAUUUCAAUAUGAAUUCCCGCUGGAUAGACUCUGCUGCUCUGGAAAUUUCCUUGAUGGAGCUCUGUCCUUACUAAAAGCCCCAAUUUUUCAUCGGUGUUAUCGAAUUUCUUAAUGAUCUCCACUUUGGUACUUCUUUUCGGCAUUUGCAUUUGGUUUUUUUGUUGUUGUUCAGGAAGGACAUUAUCUGGCUCUGCCAUCUAUACCACACAGAUGAUUGAACCUACAUUGUUAAACAUUAGUCCUUGUGUACGCACUGAGAUGUUCCGCUGUGGGCACACGAGGAUUUGCUCUUGCAAGUUUUGAGCAUUAUU